AUGCCUUUCACCUCUCUCCGCCAAAUCUUUUCUGGCUGUCUCACUCUUUUUUCAACAGGAGGACCAACACUCUAUGGACAGAUUACCUUUGCAGUAAUUGGAGCAUACUCUGUGAAUGUUGCAUACAAAGGAAUUAAGAAUGUUUAUUUAAAAGUGUCAGACCGCUUAGAGGAGGCAGAGAAGUUGAACAAGGAAAAGCUAUCAAUCACGCAAGCAGUGACUCCAUACAGAUUUCCGACUGCUAGACCUCCCAUGAUGAACGCUCCUUUUCUCGAACAACAAGCCAAGAAAAUGAUUUUACAACAACAGCAAAACAAAUCACCUUCUGAAUAA